UGUGAGAAAUCUGCCUGCAGAGUCCAGCCCUCUGCCUGCUCAGGAGACCAGCCCCCAGCCUGCCAAAGAGUCCAGCUCUAUCCCAGCUGGAGAAUCUCGCUCUCACCCAGUUGUGGAGUCCAGCCCCCAGCCUGCCAAUGAGUCCAGCUCUAUCCCAGCUGGAGAAUCUAGCUCUCAACCAGUUGUGGAGUCCAGCCCCCAGCCUGCCAAAGAGUCCAGCUCUAUCCCACCUGGAGAAUCUAGCCCUCUGCCUGCUGAGGAGACCAGCCUCCAGACUGCCAAUGAGUCCAGCUCUAUCCCAGCUGGAGAAUCUAGCUCUCACCCAGUUGUGGAGUCCAGCCCCCAGACUGCCAAUGAGUCCAGCUCUAUCCCAGCUGGAGAAUCUAGCUCUCACCCAGUUGUGGAGUCCAGCCCCCAGCCUGCCAAAGAGUCCAGCUCUAUCCCACCUGGAGAAUCUAGCCCUCUGCCUGCUCAGGAGACCAGCCCCCAGCCUGCCAAAGAGUCCAGCUCUAUCCCAGCUGGAGAAUCUCGCUCUCACCCAGUUGUGGAGUCCAGCCCCCAGCCUGCCAAUGAGUCCAGCUCUAUCCCAGCUGGAGAAUCUAGCUCUCAACCAGUUGUGGAGUCCAGCCCACAGCCUGCCAAAGAGUCCAGCUCUAUCCCACCUGGAGAAUCUAGCCCUCUGCCUGCUGAGGAGACCAGCCUCCAGACUGCCAAUGAGUCCAGCUCUAUCCCAGCUGGAGAAUCUAGCUCUCACCCAGUUGUGGAGUCCAGCCCCCAGACUGCCAAUGAGUCCAGCUCUAUCCCAGCUGGAGAAUCUAGUUCUCACCCAGUUGUGGAGUCCAGCCCCAGCCUGCCAAGAGUCCAGCUCUAUCCCACCUGGAGAAUCUAGCCCUCUGCCUGCUGAGGAGACCAGACCCCAGCCUGCCAAUGAGUCCAGCUCUAUCCCAGCUGGAGACUCUAGCUCUCACCCAGUUGUGGAGUCCAGCCCCCAGACUGCCAAUGAGUCCAGCUCUAUCCCAGCUGGAGAAUCUAGCUCUCACCCAGUUGUGGAGUCCAGCCCCCAGCCUGCCAAAGAGUCCAGCUCUAUCCCACCUGGAGAAUCUAGCCCUCUGCCUGCUGAGGAGACCAGACCCCAGACUGCCAAUGAGUCCAGCUCUCUCCCAGCUGGAGAAUCUAGCUCUCACCCAGUUGUGGAGUCCAGCUCUAUCCCACCUGGAGAAUCUAGCCCUCUGCCUGCUGAGGAGACCAGCCCCCAGACUGCCAAGGAGUCUGUUCCUCUCCCAGCUGCAGGUUCCAGCUCCCACCUUGCUGAGAAGUCAUGUGCUCAACCCACCAAGGAGCCCAGUCCCCACUCAGUUGCCGAGUCUGGGGCUCUGCCUGUUGGGAAGUCUAGCAGUCUGCCUACUGAGGUUGAUGUGAUAAAGCCAUUUGAGUCCAGCUCUAUCCCAGCUGGAGAAUCUAGCCUUCUGCCUGCUGAGACCAGCCCCCAGACUGCCAAUGAGUCCAGUACUAUCCCAGUUGGAGAAUCUAGCUCUCAGACUGCUGUGGAAUCCAGCUCUAACCCAGCUGGAGAAUCUAGCUCUCACCCAGUUGUGGAGUCUAGCCCCCAGCCUGCCAAUGAGUCCAGCGCUAUCCCAGUUGGAGAAUCUAGCCCUCUGCCUGCUGAGGAGACCAGCCCCCAGACUGCCAAUGAGUCCAGUAAUAUCCCAGUUGGAGAAUCUAGCUCUCAGACUGCUGUGGAAUCCAGCUCUAUCCCAGCUGGAGAAUCUAGCUCUCAGACUGCUGAGGAAUCUAAUGCCAUCCCAGCUGGAGAAUCUAGCUCUCAGACUGCUGAGGAAUCUAAUGCCAUCCCAGCUGGAGAAUCUAGCUCUCAGACUGCUGAGGAAUCUAAUGCCAUCCCAGCUGGAGAAUCUAGCUCUCACCCAGUUGUGGAGUCCAGCCCCCAGCCUGCCAAUGAGUCCAGCUCUCUCCCAGUUGGAGAAUCUAAUUCUCGGACUGCUGUGGAAUCCAGCUCUAUCCCAGCUGGAGAAUCUAGCCCUCUGCCUGCUGAGACCAGCCCCCAGACUGCCAAUGAGUCCAGUACUAUCCCAGUUGGAGAAUCUAGCUCUCAGACUGCUGUGGAAUCCAGCUCUAUCCCAGCUGGAGAAUCUAGCUCUCAGACUGCUGAGACCAGCCCCCAGACUGCCAAUGAGUCCAGUAAUAUCCCAGUUGGAGAAUCUAGCUCUCAGACUGCAGUGGAAUCCAGCUCUAUCCCAGCUGUCGAAUCUAGCCCUCUGCCUGCUGAGACCAGCCCCCAGACUGCCAAUGAGUCCAGUACUAUCCCAGUUGGAGAAUCUAGCUCUCAGACUGCUGUGGAAUCCAGCUCUAUCCCAGCUGGAGAAUCUAGCUCUCAGACUGCUGAGGAAUCUAAUGCCAUCCCAGCUGGAGAAUCUAGCUCUCAGACUGCUGAGGAAUCUAAUGCCAUCCCAGCUGGAGAAUCUAGCUCUCAGACUGCUGAGGAAUCUAAUGCCAUCCCAGCUGGAGAAUCUAGCUCUCAGACUGCUGUGGAAUCCAGCUCUAUCCCAGCUGGAGAAUCUAGUUCUCAGACUGCUGUGGAAUUCAGCUCUAUCCCAGCUGGAGAAUCUAGCUCUCAGACUGCCAAUGAGUCCAGCUCUAUCCCAGCUGGAGAAUCUAGUUCUCAGACUGCUGUGGAAUCCAGCUCUAUCCCAGCUGGAGGAUCUAGCUCUCGUCCUGCUGGGGAGUCCAGCCCUCUCCCCAUUGAGCAGUCAGGCACUUUGCCUGCUGAAGUUGUUGGGAAGAUGCUGACUGACUCCAGUCCCCAACCUACUGUGGAGUCCAGCCCUCAGAAAGUUGCUGAAUCGAGCACUCUCCCAUCAACCUCGGGGGGGCAAGCUGACUGAGUCCAACCCCCAUCCCAUUGUGGAGUCCAGUGUUCUCCCUGCCCAGCAGUCUAGUCCCUAUCCUGCCAAGGAGUCCAUCCCUCAACGUGUCAUUUAACUGCCUGCUUCAACCAAGAUGUGCUAAUGCACUGAAGUCUUUUAGUAGAUUUGUUCAUCCUGUAAAUGUGGAAUUUUCACAUCUUGUUUCAAGUCAAUAAAACUUGAAUUUUCCUGGUAAA